AUGUCUGCAUUUUCCCGUCUAUCCGACCUGCUUCCCACGCCCAAGCCGAUGGCUGGCAACUUCACCUCCAUGGCCCGGGCCAAAGUCUUUGCACGCCGCCUGGCUGGAAUCGCAGAGGCCCGCAAGGUCGAGAACCUCAGCCUGCUCGGCCGUGUGUGGGAGGAGCUUCUGGACGAGCGCGAGGAGUACAUCCGCAUGGGCAGGUCCUUCAUCGACAGCGCCACCCAGGUCGACGACGACAUUCUCGAUCUGAAGCUCGUCGAAAAGAUGGCCGCAAAGUUCCACGAGGAACUCGACAUCACCACCCGGAUGCUGGCCGUCCACUGCAAUGAGCGUCUCAAAGAAAACUUUCGCAUCCUCGAGCAGACCGUCCGGUCCAAGCUGGCCGUCCUCGAGAACGAGCAUCGCCGCAAGAUCCGCAGCGUGCGAAAGCAGUGCCAUAAGAGUCUUGCAGAGGGUGUCGACAAACUCUACUCGCAGUAUCAGUCCUACAACGAACAGCAGAUACAGUCCAAGAUAAAGGAGCACGCCUCCAAGAAAAAGGACAUGGAUCUCGCCAUCGACCGCGCCAACAGGAAUCUCAUUCUGAUGGAGCACGAGAUGCAUCGUCUCGAGUAUGCUGCCGCAAGAGCCUUCCUUUUGCUGAAGAAGAAGGGCGUUGCCGAUGUGGCUCUACUGAGUAAAUCCUCGGAAAUGCACGAAAAGUUCAAGGUCGACCAGAUCACCGCAUUUUACAAGCAAAUCUUUGACGGGCUUGAAUACAAGCUGCACGACUUGCGCACCCGGAAGAGCAACAUCGAGGAGAUCCUUGAUGUCAUUUGCCCACCUGUCAAGCCCACCACACCGUCCAGCCUCGAGACCAGCGUUACUCCGCAACCAGGACCCCUAAGCACCGUGGCCGAGAAUGCCGAAGGCAGCACCGAUAUCGAGCUCGCCAGCCAGAUGGAUUAUUUCCAGAGGGUCAAGGAGCGUGCCCGGAUGAAACAAGCCGUUCGAGAAAAGCUGGGGGGCUCCCGAGUUGUAUUUUUGGACGAGCUGCUGGUGUCCGACUCCAACCCCGAAAAGACGCGGAGCGCAACCAUUUGGAAAGAUGCCGAAAAGACGAUCCUUCGGCAGGCCAUGCGCGGCUUUGGGGUCCGGCUUGUGGAGAGCGAUGACCUGGGGGCUGAUCAAAGCUUCUCUGCUCGCUCCUCGCUUGUUUCGUCCACGUCCAGCAAAUCCGAGUCCGCCAAGUCGAUCGAAACCCCCAUCGAGGAGGAGGACGAGGACGCCAUCAUGGACCGAGAGCUGCGCCACAUGGAGGAUGAGUUUAAAUCCAAGAUCGAGACCCUGCAGAAGCAGAGCCAGGCCGAGCUCGAUGUCUUUAUGAAGCGCAAGAAGAAGAUGAUCAAGAGCUGGGACGUCAAGAUCGACGCCAUCAUGCACCUCACCGAUCCGAUCCACCUUGCCCGAAUACUCCAGAAGCAGCGCAUGGCCUUGGAGUUCACCUCGGACUUUUUCCCGCGGCCCCGCAACGCCAGAGACCAGGGCUGCCAGUGCUACAUCCACGGAAUCAACUUCCAGACCAUCCUCAGGCUGGAGGAGCAGCGGAGACAGGAGCAGGAGGAGCGAGAGCGGAGGGCCCGUGAGCGCCGGGAGCAGCUUCGGCUGCUGCAGGCCCAACGAAUCGCCGAAAGCAACAUCUACGGGGCCAAGACAAUGCCCAAGAUCCAGAUUUUGGCACCAAUAGCGUCCUUUGUCGAGGUCUCGCCCGAAAGCUCUCCAACAGACCCAGUGCUAUCAGCUGACCUCCCGGGCAUUAUCAUGACCGACGCCUCGCCAACUUCUGAUGGUAUCCCAACGGAGGCGUCCCAGAUCGGCGGCAGUGCCCAGCCGGACGCCACGAUGGAGCCAGGCGACGAAACCUGUGCUUUGGACACCCACCCAGUCGAAAGUGAGCCGAAUCUCCCAGCCGAAAUCACCUUCCAGUCAAACACAUCAAUCGCCACCGAUCUGGUUGACGACACAGCCUCAAGCAGACAGGAGCUCUAUGGCGGUGACUCUGUCAUCGGAAGCCAGUUCCUCAUUUCCCUAGAGCCCGAUGCUAUCGACUCAGUUUCAGAGUCGUCCAGAGUGAACUCGACCGCAGCCUCCCAACGAGCAUCGCUUGUGAACGUCGCCGCAACCCCUCCCGAUGUUGCUGGUCCGCCGGCGACACAGGCCACUCGGCUCUCAACCAGUCGCCGCAGCGUCGUGAAGACAGCGCCUCCAUUCCAGCGCAAGCAAUCGCAUCGCGACUCGACGUACGCCUCGCAUCCGGAUAUCAAAACGGCCGGCUCAAGCAAGGAUAUUCGAAAGCCCAGCACGGCGGGUGCCACUACCGCGGCCGAUGAGGGCGAGUUCUUCUUUGCCGACGACGAAGAGCCCUCUCCUUGGAACAGCUCAAACCCAUAG